CAAUCAGCAUUGUUUCAGAGAGUAACUGUAAACCAUAAAUUUUUAUGGAUCAUCUUCUUUUAUACUAAACACCAUGUCAACGGAAACAGAACAGUGGAACCUUUCCCAGAGGGAACACAGAUGGUUUUAUUUGGUAUGGGAUGUUUCUGGGGAGCAGAGAGAAAGUUUUGGACACAGAAAGGAGUCUACUCCACUCAAGUGGGUUAUGCAGGAGGGUGUACCCCAAAUCCCACCUAUGAAGAAGUUUGUUCAGGGAAAACUGGCCAUACAGAAGCUGUGCGAGUUGUAUAUCGGCCAGAAAACAUCAGAUUUCAGCAACUGCUCAAGGUCUUCUGGGAGAAUCAUGACCCGACACAAGGAAUGAGGCAAGGUAAUGACUUUGGCACGCAGUAUCGCUCGGCCAUCUACACGUUCUCUCAGGAACAGAUGGAAGCUGCUCUGCGAUCUAAAGAGGAUUAUCAAAAGGUAUUGACGAAGAGUGGUUUUGGCACAAUCACAACAGAAAUCCGUGAGGCUCCGGAGUUCUAUUAUGCUGAAGAUUACCAUCAACAGUAUCUAAGCAAGAACCCCAAUGGCUAUUGUGGACUUGGGGGCACUGGAGUAUCCUGUCCUGCUGGCUGCUCUUCAGCCAGG